CAGUGUGGGUUAAGACGUCAGUGGGAGGGUGUGUGCGCCUCUCCUAUCACCGUUAUACCAAGAAUAUACACCGCUAUACCUCGCUCUCUGGAUAUACUAUAUACUUCUGUGGCUGUGACGGGUCUGUGGGUACCUGUCUGUGGCUGUGACGGGUCUGUGGGUACCUGUCUGUGGCUGUGACGGGUCUGUGGGUACCUGUCUGUGGCUGUGAUAUGUCUGUGGGUACCUGUCUGUGGCUGCGACACGUCUGUAGGCAUCUGCCUGUGGUUGUGACAUGUCUAUGGGCACAUGUCUGUGGCUGUGACUGGCCUGUGAUGACUUGCUAGUGGUUAUGGAUACGUCUGUGAGGAUCUCUGCCUAUGGUGUCUGUUAAUAUAGACCAGCACCUAUGAACUCGUCUGAGGAGGUAGGCAUAUGGGUGUGUGUAUACCUUGGGGAAGAUGCUACCCAAGCGAAGGGUCUUAAGAAGGCUUGCUCCAGUCAUCUUAUUUUUCGUCUUACUUAAGAUCUACAGCAUCACUGAGGUUGGAGAUGAUCUUCUGGGUAAGGAUAAUGAGAUGUUGGGAUAUGCUCCUUCUUGGGACGUCUUGGAUAAGGAUGCUCGUCAUUUAUCCUUCGAAGAUUUGCUACGAAAUCCUGCUAUAGUUUUAGAUAAAGAUGUGGGCACUGGAGUCCUUAAAGAAGACACAAAGAUGAGAGCAUCUAACCUUGACAGUAUGAAACAAGAAGGUCGUCAGUUAUCCAGGGUUCCUGCAGGAUCCAAAAGUAGUGUGGAUGACUCCAUUAUUCCGAUGAGAAAGGAUGUUUCUGGGAGAGCUCUGUGGAUGCGAGUCUCAGAUGACGUCUACACCUACAGUGCCUUUUGGGACUCUCGCAGCGGCCUACCUGAUGGCCCAGUAGUCAGGGUACUGGGUAUCAUGAGGUACUGGAAGGAGCUGGUGAAGGAGGAACCAGGAUACAAAUGGAGUGGGGUCGUGAAAGAGGACAAGCUCAACAUCUCCUGUUUUCUCUGGUAUAAACACCAACAGAAGCCCAAACAGGGAUCCUUGAAAGCAUUUAUCUUUGAAGAAGGCUUAAAGGAAUUCGUGGGUACGUUCUUCCUCUGUUAUCCACGACAAAUAAAAGAUGAUUUACCGUUGAACGGUAACAUCGCAAACCCUAUUCCAUACGCCAUAUCGUUCAGCAAUAACAGUACAGUCGAUACCACCCAUAAGUUAGUUUACAUAAAGGACACUGAUAAUACUACGACUGGGUCCUCUGAAGGGACCAUCAGUGCUGUUUGUGUACGUCCUCUCCACGGCCCUUACACUGACCUCGUAACCAUAACUCAAUUCAUCUCGUACUACAAGACAGUUCUACGAGUCACCUACUUCUACUUCUAUGACUUAGCUGUCAGUGCUGAAGUCAGGGAGCUCUUGGGCCGCCUUUCAGAGGCUGUCAACAUUGAGAUACUAGCCUGGAACGUACCGUCAAAUGACUGGCGGCAACUGUGGGAUUUAGGCUCACUCACUGCUCUCAACGAUUGUGUUUAUCGAAGUUCAUCUCGCCAUAGUUACAUAGCUAUAGUAGACCUGGAUGAGUUCAUAGUACCCAGAGUACCUGCUACGAGCCUCGAUGGGAUCUACAGCAGUGUUUUAAAACACAAACGAGGCCAAAUGGGUGAUGCUGCCCUAAUCCCUAACGCAUUUUUUUGCCACGAAUUCAGUGAAAAUCUCAAUGUGACCCGAGAAAACUUCCCAAUUUUUGGGUUGACCCGGAGAGAGGCUCGUCUCUGGCCUCCGAAAUCUCGCUCCAAAAUGAUUUUGACUCCAUGGUCCAUUGUGUCCGUGGGCCACCACAUGGUCCACUCCUUCCUGGCCACAACCUCCAAGAACCGGCCAUCACCCAAACAGGUCUCAGUUUUGCAUCACUACCGGGAGUGUGUAGGCCUGAGGCUCGGGAUUCAUGCCACGGGCCGUCUGGUCCUGAACCAGGAGACACAGAAGGACGCCACUAUUGUUAAGUACAAGAAAAAUAUCCAGAGACGUCUCAAUAUCCAGGGGCGCCUUUCUCAACAAGAUUCAAUGCAGUUAGAACCAUCAAUAAACUUUACACUUGAAUCUGCGAAAAAUGAUGGCAAACUUCCUUUUCUCGACGUUUUCUACUGUGCAGAGGAUUCUCCUCCGACAGGGGCCGCAACUUCUCUUGAAAGUGUAAUAGGAAAGCCGACCAACAGGUACGAUCUUGAUAAAUUAGACCCAUGUGUCAACUCUGGUCAGACAUGUAAGAUGUGCGCCUGUGUCCUCUCCACUGAGACUCCAAGAGCCAUUAUGUAUGACUGGAAUGAGGCAUCAACUCUUCUCGAGUCAGCGAACAGACCUCAGACGCCGUCGGUGGCACAAGCCUUCACUAAUCGCCGUCACCGACUUAGCCUAUUAGAACGCAACACUGAAACCAGUUGA